AGGUUCUCGAAGAAUAAGAUAUGGCGGUGUCCCCUCCCUAGUGCAUUGCUGCUGUGUCAUAUCGCAUGUGAUUCGAACUUGUCAGCGGAACUUAUCGAUGAUCUUUUCAUUGUCUUUGUUGUACACCUUACGCUGCGCGCCUCGAAUCAUUUCAAUAAAUGAUGUAACAGGCAAAACCUGAUUCCAUAAUGAUGUCAAAAUUGAAUGGAUUACUCUUUUUUUUCUCUUUUUCGGCUAUUAUUACUUCGGCUGUUUUAACUGUAACCCCUUCUACUUAUUGUGAAGUACUUGUGCCUAAGUUAAGCCAUAUAUAUAAUUUAACAAAGUUAUGGUCUGAUAAGGAAGAUAUUAUCAUUGAGCAUGAACAUGAAACUAUACGUAUGCAACUGUGUUCUCGACUAAUUAAAAAGUGCAACAACCAAGUUGAUUAUUCUAUAUGUUUAAUAAAAAACAAUACAGAAAGAGGAAUAGGAAAGUUUCCUCCAAAAUUAAUUAACAAUCAAGGAAUAAUUUUAUUUAACUUUACUGGUGACAGUUGUCUGUUUGGAACCAAUUAUACAGUGACAGUUAUCAUGCAUUGUGAUUACAAUGCAGAAAAUUAUUCACAUCCUGAAUUAUUUACACAUGGUGAUCAACAGUGUAACUUGUUUAUAAUAUGGAAAACAUCAUUAGUUUGUGUACCUAGAGUCCAGACAAAUUGUACAGUUACGAAUGCUGGACAUUAUUAUGACCUAAGCCCUUUAACAAGAGCUUCAGAAAAUUAUGUGAUUCCUAUAAAUGAUACAAAAUCCAAGAUAGUGUUAAAUGUUUGUCAAUCUGUAAUACAUCAUGGUGUCAUGUGUCCAUUGAAUUCUGGGGUUUGUUUGGAUGAACCUGAAAAACCUAAUAGAUACUCAAGUUUAGGAGAUGUACAAAAACCUCCUUUCUUCUCAAAUGGAAGUUUACAAAUAGAAUAUGAGAAUGGUGCUGUAUGUAGAAAAGAUAUUCCACUUCCACAUUUUAAAACGACUGUUACAUUUAAAUGUAAUUUAGACGCUAUGGGUCCACCAGAAUACAUUGGAGGAAAAGAAGAUUGUCAUUAUCAAUUGUUAUGGUAUACUCCUGCAGCAUGCGAUGUUAAUACUCUGCAUAAUUAUAGUGUUAAAACAGCGGGAAAAUGCAUCGUUAGGAACCCAGUUACAAAUUUCAUAUAUAACUUGCAAACAUUAAUGAACAAAAACUUUAUUGUUACAAAUACGAAUGGUAUAGAAUACAAGUUCAGAGUUUGCAGUGCGCUUACAGAUAAUGUAUGUGAAAAUAAGACAGGUAUAUGUAAUUCGAAACAAGGUAUGUCACUAGGAGAAGCUAACACAAAUCUAAUAUGGCAACAAGGUGGUCCUUACUUGAAUUAUACCAAUGGAAUUUUAUGUGAAAAUGGAAUACAUCACUAUACACUUAUCGAAUUUUUUUGUGAACCACAAAAUUCACCCAGUCGACCAUUGCUGAUGAAAGAAUAUCCUUGUCAUACCAUCAUACACUGGAAUACAGAUUUAGUUUGUGAAAAAAAAAUUAAAUGCGCUACCGACAAUGACGAUGAGAUUAAUUUAACUCCUCUUAUACAAUCUACAAAUAAUUAUGUUAUAAAAGCCAAUGACACGGAAUUUCACAUAAAUAUAUGCCGACCGUUAGUUCCUACUCAAGGUCUUACAUGUGCGCAUGGUAGUGCUGCUUGUAAAGUUUCGGUCACUUCAAAGAAUAAAUAUACCAAUGAAAUUAGUUUAGGAUUUCCUGAAGACAAUCCAAUAUUAAAUAAAGAUUUACGAACAGUGUUACGUUAUACCAAUGGCUCACAAUGUCCUGAGAACCCAGCUAAAACGAUUGCUUCGAAUUUCACGUUUAUUUGUAAUAAUAACAAUCAGGGACUUCCGAUAUAUAAACACUAUGUUAAUUGCACUUAUGUAUUUGAAUGGAAUACUAGCAUAGCAUGUGGAGCUGUGAUGGGAGGUUGGACAGCACCGUGUACCAUAAAGGAUAGUUUUCUUUCAUAUGAAUAUGAUCUGUCUGUGCUACACAAGAAGCAACAGAUAUAUUAUGUGAAAAACAGACAAGGCAGAGAGUAUAUUUUAAAUAUUUGUGGUGGAGAGAAAUAUUGCAACGGUUCUGUGGUAUGUCGCGAAGGCAAUGGUUAUGGAUCAUUGAGAAAUGUGGUUUUUGAUUACAGCCGUGGUGAUGUGAAACUUAAAUAUUCAAAUGGCAGUAAAUGUAACAAUAGUUCUUACACGUCCGAAGUAAGAUUUAUAUGUAAUGAAUCUAUGGGCAUUGGUGCACCGAAACUACUCUUGGAAUCGCAGUGCAGCGCGGAAUUCGAAUGGUAUACCGAAUUCAUCUGCGUGAAACAUGCCAACUCUCGGAAUCCAUCGCAGGAAAAUACAUCAUCCUCCACGAAUCUUUUGGAACAAUUUUCUCCUAGUCAUGCUGGAGCCGUAGCUGGCGUAGUAUUAACUGUGAUCGCGGUGUUAGCCGCUUUAAUUUAUUUUCGAAAUCCGGUGGAAAGAACGUGUCGUCGUCCCUGGACAAACCUGUUUAGUUUCAGAAGAGGCUCAGGUCGUGUCCAAUAUUGUAGAGUCGAUACCACUGAGGAAGCUAGACUUUUGCUCGACGCUUCCGAUCCUACGCAGUGUCAAUCGGACAGCGACGACGAUCUUCUAAAUGCAUAACUAUGUGAUCAUUAUUAUUAUUAUUUCUGUUGUAGGCUGUAGAUUAUAGGUUGUAAUUAUAGAGUAGUACAUUAUUUUAAAUAUUUCUACAAAUUGUCGAACAUAUAAACCAUCUUAAAAAUCUUAUAUAGAAUUAACUAAAUAACACGUUAUAUAUGUUGAUAAA